AUGCACUGCAGCUGCGCUGCUCCCAGGCGCUUCGUCUCUCCUGCAGCAGCAGCAGCAGCAGCAGCAGCAGCAGCAGCAGGUGCGGUGGCAGCGGCAGCAGCGGCAGCAGCAGGCGCGGUGGCAGCACGAGCGGUGCAGCAGAAGAAGCAGCAGGUGCAGUCGCAGCAGCAGCAGCAGCAGCAGCAGAAACAGCAGCAGCAGCAGCAGAAGCAAGGGCAGCAGCGGCAGCAGCAGCAGCAGCAGCAGAAGCAAGGGCAGCAGAAGCAGCAGCAGAAGCGGCAGACUCCAGCAGCAGCAGCAAACGACGCCCCGCCGCCGCUCCCCGCGCCAUCCGCAGCAGCAGCAGCGCCUCCACCGCCGCCCCCAGCAGCAGCAGCAGCAGCAGCAGCAGCAGCAGCAGCAGCAGCAGCAGCAGCAGGAAUGGUGGAUUUGAUUUUUGCUGCUAAGGCCCCCCGAGAGAUGCAGCAGCAGCAGCAGCAGCAGCAGCAGGACGUGAAGCAGCAGCAGCAGCAACAGCAGCAAGGAAAGCAGCAGUUUAGACAGCAGCAGGUGCAGCAGCCGCUCUGA